AAAUCCCAUCUAGAAGCAUCUUGGCAACAUAGCUACUGAUUGAUAUUGAUAUCUUGUCAACAUACAUGUCUUGUCCCUUACAAUUCAAUUCGUCAAUUCGUCAAUCCAUCAAUUCUAUUUCUAACAUUACGAUUGAUCACUAACUUUGCAGCUCAAUUCACACAGUUUCAUCCUAAUCCCAGCAACAAUCAACAUCAACAUCGACAGAAUGACAAAUAUAAGCACAUAAGCACACUCCGCCUGUGCAUUUAUUUAGGUUGUUGCCUCCUGCAGUGAGCUACCCAAGCAGGAUUGGAACGUCUCCACAACACUCAAACCCAUACAGCCUGACGGCCUCGCAUAUUAAUCGUGGCUCCUCCUUCACUCCGUCGAGCAGGCCAUCCUCACCACAGGAUAUCCUUUUUUCGAUAUCUCUUUCCGCAUCCUCGGAGGAUUGCACGCGAGCGCUUCACGAAUUUCCGAUUCGAAACAUUACCAUUUUGGAAACUUCGCGCACAAUCACGAAUAUAUAAUUAUAUAGUUAAGACCCAGUUAAAGCAGAAGAGGAAGAGAGCGGCCGGGAAAACCGCCUUUCAAAUUCUUGAAAGGGCGGGGAGAAGACUUCUGGGCGGCGGUUCUAAAGACAAUGCGACGACUUCUCGCAAGCUGAACCCAUCAUCUGGUUCGAUGUCUAGCUAUGUCGCAGAUGGAUAUGGGGAGGAAAGAAAGCGUGGUGGUAAGAGGGAGAGAUUGGCAGGAUAUUGGAAGGCUGCAAAUGAACUUCGUCAAUCAUAUCAACAAUCAUAUUCGGAGAAAUGGGGAGCGAACAAUGGUGUGGAUGAUGAUCCGCAUGGGAUACCGGGCUCAUUUCCGGAUGUAGCUAUUAUUUCUCAUGGAGAUGAGCAAAUGAUAUUAUUUCCUUCUUAUGCGCGAAGACAUACGAAAGAGAAGCCAUUCUUUGAAAAUGCCAACAUGAAUCCUAAAUUGAACGAACCGGGCGAUGCAGAAUAUUGGGCAAGGGAAUGGCAGAAAUAUGAGGAUGAUAAGGCUAUAGUUGAUGUGGAUGUUAGAGGAUGGCUUUACUCUCCUCAUAGAGGACCUAUGACGAGAAAGAACAGAUUACUCAUUGGACUUGCACGUCAAUUGAGCGGCAUACCAGCCCCAAAAUCUGGGAGUCGAGAUACCAGCCCGGAUGCGAAUUCAAUGAGGGCGAGACAUAGAGAACAUGAAGAGAGGCGUGACGAGGAAAAGAUCGCCAGGGAAGCAGAACAAAUAUUGAAAAAAGGGAGAGGCGAGGAAGAGGCAGCCCUUCGAGGUGACUAUAGUGAAAAACCAAAGCGUGAUUCGGAUGGUGAUAGUAUCUAUGAUGAUCGUGGUAGGCGGCGCACUGGCAGUUCAAGAGUUUCACCGGAGUCAUCUCCCGCUCCUCCAGGUAGUCUAACAAAACGUACAUCAUGGAAUCAACCAUCCGAAAUGACCCAUGCGGAGAUUUUUACUGCAAAUGCGCAUUUGAUGGCACGAUUAAGACCAUUCCUUACGAAUCCAAUGGUCGCUACGGCAAUCACGGUCUUUUUUUAUGAUGAGAAGAACUCUUCUUCGCGAACGAUAGAAACAAAUGAGGCAGGUCAUUUCAAUAUUCGAGCUGCUUUGGAUUUUGUUCCUACACAUGUUAGAGUACUGGCCUCGGAAAAUCUUUCAGCGAUUGAAGAAGUCAAGAUAACGGAACCAAAAGGAGUCAGUUUAAUCAGUGAUGUCGAUGACACCAUCAAGCAUUCUUCAAUUGGUGCAGGAUCAAGAGAAAUUUUCAGAAAUGUCUUUGUCCGUGAAUAUGCUGAUCUCACAAUUGAAGGUGUCAGGGAAUGGUACAACACAAUGUAUGAUAUGGGUGUAGGGGUUCAUUAUGUAUCCAAUUCACCUUGGCAACUAUUUCCAGUAUUGGUGAGCUUUUUUAGAAAAGCAGGUCUACCGCCUGGAUCCUAUCAUCUGAAACAAUAUAGCGGAAUGCUCCAAGGUAUCUUUGAACCAGUUGCAGAAAGAAAGAAGGGUACCCUUGAGAAGAUCAUGCGAGAUUUUCCAGAGAGAAAAUUCAUUUUGAUCGGAGACAGUGGUGAAGCAGAUUUAGAAGUUUAUACCGAUGUCGUCCUAGCAAACCCGGGGAAAAUUCUCGGAAUUUUUAUCAGAGAUGUCACAACACCAGCUGAUAUAGGGUUCUUUGAUUCGGCUUUAGGUCCGCUCAGUGGAGAACGACGGAGAUUUGAACCGCAAUCUCGAACACAAUCCAUUGAUAGUAGGAGAUCAUCUACAUAUAGUAAAUCAGAGCAAUCAGAGAAACGACCAGCUUUACCUCCUAGAGUUCCGUCAGAAACACAACUUCGGACGAGUAAUGGUCCAAACAUGGGAACGCUCAUUGACUUUGGAGAUGAACCCGAGAAUGAUCCAAUACAUAAAUUACAUCGACAAGUGGUGCCUCGAUCUAUGGCGGAUAUGGAAAUACCAGAUGUUCCACAACGAAAAUCCACCAAUGAUGGUAAAGCCCCUCCACCUCGACCUUCUAAACCUCUAUCACUUCGAGGAUCAAGUACAAUAACAGUCGUUCAACCUGAACCACCUGAACCUGUCAAUCGGAACACUCCUCCACCACCACCAAAACCUCGUCGUUCAGGUGCUAUACAUGGAAGUGUACAUAAUCAUCCAUUAAAGCAAACACAAAGCAGUGCCGAAUUAUCUGAAGCAUCCAGUGAAGGCUAUAUAUCCAGUGCUCGCCAGAAAGUUGCAGAGACCUACAAUAAUCUUCCAGAAAUGAGAUCUUACAUACCAGGAAUGGGCGACUCCAGUCCAUCAUCAAAUGGACCUCCAAUACCACCACGUCGCCACUCAACCAUGCUAUCCUCAACCUCCACAGGUAGCGGUCCCACCUACAUAAACACAAAUAAUAGCAGUAGUCCCGACUCAUCCGAAGAUGAAUAUUACCGACCCUCCAAUGGAGCCCCAGCAAACAAAAAGUUAGAUCUCUGGAAACGUCGCUGGAGACGCGCAAAGGAUAUUCUGGAUACUCAGGAUGUAACUUUAAGAGCUUGGAGGUCGGGAGGCGAUGUAUGUAUAGAGGCUGUUCAUAUGGUGGAAAAAACUCUGCGCGAGAUGGGCGUGGAGGGAUAUGGGAAUGGGAAGGGGAAGACGGGGAUAGGCGGUGGAGAGGUUAAGGUUAAGGAUUUGAAGAGGUAGGAAGGAUGUUUGUAGAGGGAUGAGGGAGUGUUUUUGUGGGGUAGAGCGAUGAGAUGUUUCAUAUUAUUGAAUGAAUUUUUUUUGGAUGGGUGGGCGUGUGCAUGGUGUCGUACGGUGGCUAGAUUGAGGUAUGAUGACUUUAUCAUACGAUUGCAUAAAUGUACGUAUGCAUGGGAAUGGAAUCGAAGCGAAUAGAUUUUCAAGGGAAGAGCGGAAGAGGAAUGAUAUGAUACGGAGAGAGACAUGCAUGCAUGGAAAGAAGAGAGAAAUAAAUGAAACAUUAUAAUAUUGUAUACAAGAGUGAGAGUGAGAAUGAAAAAGAAAAUUUCCAUCCAAUACU